AAUUUUCGUCCGUCAGCCGAAGCUCGCACAAACGAAUAAUUGUCGACCACUUGUUCCCUCUCGCUUACGCAUAUUUUCAUUUAUUUCGUGUCGUUAUUGCAACGUGUGUAUCCUCGUAAUACUCAUGUCUUUGGAACGUGCCGUUCGUGCUAAACUCGCUUCCAAGCGAGACCCCCAACAAGAGAAGGAAGCCCAAGAAUGGAUGGAAGCUAUAUUGGGAUAUAAAUUCCCCAAGAGUUUCCCGUUGGAGGAAUACAUCAAGGAUGGCCAAGUACUGUGCAAACUCAUCAACGCAAUCAGCCCCGGAAGUGUACCAAAAUACAACACUACCGGAGGACAGUUCAAAAUGAUGGAAAACAUUAACCUUUUCCAGAAAGCCAUCAAAGCGUACGGAGUCGCCGACAUUGACGUUUUUCAGACCGUCGACCUGUGGGAGUGCAAAGACUUCUCUCAAGUGGUGAUGACACUGUUCGCUCUGGGCCGUGAGACAUACAGACACCCAGAAUGGAAGGGACCUUUCUUGGGACCCAAACCCUCCGACGAGGCUAAACGAGAUUUCUCCGAGGAAACACUAAAGGCCGGUCAAACCAUCAUCGGGCUGCAGGCUGGACAAAACAAGGGCGCCACGCAAGCGGGCCAAAACAUUGGCGCUGGCAGGAAAAUCAUCAUCGGCAAAUAAUCACGCCACACACCAUGCACGACCCGACGAGUACCAUUUAAUAUAAUAUAAUAUUAUAAUAAUUUAUAUGAUAUAUUAUGUUAUAUAUGUACACACAUUUAUAAAUAAAGAGGUGCGUUGCGAUUUAUCAUCUCGAGUUUGCAGACGCGGUGUACGUCGUUGUAACUACUGUAAACGGUUAUUAUAUUAUUAUGAUGUGUGUGUCAUAUUAAUAUCCUAAUUAUUAUUAUAAUAAUAUUAUCCGAGCGGUAUGUAUGUAGAUGGUUUUAAAAUAACGUAUGAAUUAUUUCUUAUUAUAUAUAUUGUUUCCACGCGGCAUUAUUAUUAAAUAUCCUACUAUUUUUUUUUUUUAAAUCAAUAACUGUUUUUUACCUAUAUAUAAUAUAUCAUAUUUUUUUUUUGAAUUAAAAAAUAAAAAAUAUAUAUAAUAAAACAAAAGACGAUCAAUGUAAUA